UCAGCUUUUUAUACGCCUCAGAAUGGAUAAGCGACGUCGAGCCAGCCGGUCCAGUCAGGCUGCCAGCCAGCUACAUAAAACGAAAGCUCAGCUCGGCUACAAACAUAUAGAAAAGAGAAAAUCACUUACUUGUUUGUAUGCUUCCACAGCAGCGACCAGCACCGCAAUGAGGCUGACCAGAGCAUGGAGUGUUCUUCCAGGUGUGUGGGUGAUGAUCCUGCUUCUCUGCUGCAGCUCCGCGGUAGCAAUUCUCCCAAUCAGCUGCGGGAGCGGGAGCAGUGCCUGCACCCUGCAAAACUAUCAAGGGAUCUGGUAUGAGAGAGCUUUGUGCGGUGUAGCAAAUGUGGCUUACCCAACCACCGAAGCUGAGCUCGUUGCCGCGGUUGCAAGCGGUGUGCAGCAGAGGCAGAAGAUCAAGGUUGUGAGCAAGCUCUCUCACAGCCUCGUUCGCGCCGCAUGUCCAGGAGGAAGCUCCGGACUCCUGAUUAGCACCAGCAGGUAUGACUCGAGAAUUGUCAUCGACAGCAACGCUAUGACCGUCACCGCCGACGCAGGAGUCCAGCUUCAAGAUCUCCUGGCGAGGCUAGCUGCGCAGAAUCUGGCACUGCCCUGUACGCCUUACUUCAACGGUCUAUCAAUCGCCGGAGUAAUAAGCACGGGCUCGCACGGCAGCAGUCUGCUUGGGAAAGGUGGAGCAGUGCAUGACUAUGUCUCCGGAAUCACUAUCGUCGUUCCUGCAUCAAGGGAGCAAGGCUAUGCCAAAGUCAUCAAACUUGGGAAAUCAAGCCCGGACCUGAAUGCAGCCAAGCUGUCUAUUGGCGUCCUUGGAGCCAUAUCCACGGUCACGCUCGACGUGGAGCCGAUGUUCAAGCGCUCCAUCACCAAGCAGGCCCGCGACGACAGCACCCUCGAGAAUGACGUUGCUGGAUUCGCAAGCAGGUAUGCGUUUGGGGAUAUCAACUGGUACAUCUCUCAGAAGAAGAUCCUGCUGAGGGUAGACAACAAGGUCUCGGCAAGUACCCCUGGCGAGGGAAGGAACGCUGGCAAUGAUCCUGCUCCAGAGACAAACGUAAGACAGUCUAGAGUCCGAGAGGAGAACUUCAUGUCCCAGAUGAACGCUUCCUUCGUCUGCCAACAAUCACUAAACGGGGUUGAGAACCGAGUCUCGAGCGGAGAUGGCCUGGUGAAUGACAGGAGCAAUACCUUUCGCGGAUAUCCAGUCGUGGGAUUUAAUCACCAGCUCCAAACCGCUGGAGGCUGCCAAAACACUGCACUAAACAACACACGAUCAGCAUCCGGGGAGAGGCUAACAUGCUACUGGGACCCCGACGUUCCUGGACAAUUCUACUUCCAGACAUCCCUAGCAAUCCCACUCUCCAGGAUCAACGAAGCCAUCCAAGACAUAAAGAAGAUCCGCGAUGGAAUGGACCCAACCAAGCUCUGCGGUGCAAAUAUCUAUGGCGGAGCACAGCUCAGAUUCAUCAAAGGAUCCACGGCCUACCUCGCGGAGCCCGAGGACUCAGUUGCAUUCGAGCUGCUCUACUUCAGAGACCGCCGGCAAAACAUGCCCCGGCUGGACCAGGACGCGACGGAUGAGAUCGAGCAAAUGCUGCUCAAGAAAUACAAAGGCAGGCCACACUGGGGGAAGAACAAAAACGCGAUGUUCGAGGACAUGGGCUCUCGAGUCACAAACCUGGCCAAAUUCCUCGAGGUCCGCCAGCGUUACGAUCCCGACGGAUACUUCUCCAGCGAGUGGUCCGACGCCGUGCUCGGGAUCAAGCAAAACGCCUCGGUCUACCGCGAUUACUGCGCGCUCGAGGGCCUGUGCCUGUGCAAGGAGGACAGACAUUGCGCGCCGGAGAGAGGAUUCCUGUGCAAACCUGGUUUAGUCUUCACGGAUGCUAGGGUGUGCCGCAGAGCAUAGCGGAGCUCCCCAAAACCCUAUCCCAAGAACCCUAGAUAAAAUAAAGCGGGAAGAUUUGCUUA